GGAAUAGAAAGUUUUAACACUAAAAACUGCAAGUUUGCCCUCUCAUCUGAAUUUUGGUAUCCCUCUCCCCAAGCUUACUUUCUGUUGCAGAAAAUUUAAAAAUUAUUAAAUAAAAUUCUAAUGAUGGUAUCCAUGUGGCUUGCAUCUGAUAUAGCAGAUAAAGAAGUUUUAUGAAAAUGGACUCCUUUUCCACUGAAAAGUAAAUCUUAAUGGCCUGUAUCAACUAUCCUUUGACACCAUAUUGAGGUUGGGAGGAAGGGGAAGUCCGGAAUGAGGUUAUAAAGUAAAAGAAAAUAUUUUGCAAAAUGUUCCUUCUUUUAAAAUGUUAUGUUUUAGAAAUAUUUUAAGUGUUGUAACAUUGUAGGAAUUACCCCAAUAGGACUGAUUAUUCCGCAUUGUAAAAUAAGAAAAAGUUUUGUGCUGAAGUGUGACCAGGAAGUCUGAAAAUGAAGAGAGACAGAUGAGAAAAGAAGAUGCUUCUAAUGGACUAAGGAGGUGCUUUCUUAAAGUGUUUGUGUGUACUUCAGAAAGAGGUACAGGUUUUGGAAGGCGCAGAGGCCCAAAUUUUACAGAAGAAAAGAUUUCAUGAAAAUAGUGAUAUUACAUUAAAAGAAAUACUCGUAUCCUCUGCCACUUUAUUUCAACUUCUAUUGCCCUAAGAAAGAGCCUGUUUGAAGGCGGGAACAAGGAGUGCCGGCAGCAGUCUCCUCCCUCCACCUUCUUCCUCAUUCUCUCCCGAGCCUGCUGAGCCCUUUGCUCCCCUGGUGACUCCCUGGACAGGCAGCAAGGAGUUGUCUCCCAGUGCGUUUUGCCCUCCUAGCUGCCAACUCUGGCUGCUAAAGCGGCUGCCACCUGCUACAGUCUGUUACACAGCCUCGGGAAGAGGAAAGGGACCUCGGACCUUCCAGAUUGCUUUCUCUAGCAAGAAACUGUCACAGGUUGAAGUGCAAUGGUGUGAUCUCAGCUCACUGCAACCGCACCCUCCUGGGUUCCAUCAAUUCACCCUCCCAAGUAGCUGGGACUACAGGAAUAAAGAUGGCUGCUGAACCAGCAGAAGACAAUUGCAUCAAUUUUGUGGCAAUGAAAUUUAUUGACAGUACGCUUUACUUUAUAGCUGAAGAUGAUGAAAACCUGGAAUCAGAUUACUUUGGCAAGCUUGAAUCUAAAUUAUCAAUCAUAAGAAAUUUGAAUGACCAAGUUCUCUUCAUUGACCAAGGAAAUCGGCCCCUAUUUGAAGAUAUGACUGAUUCUGACUGUAGAGAUAAUGCACCCCGGACCAUAUUUAUUAUAAAUAUGUAUAAAGAUAGCCAGCCUAGAGGUAUGGCUGUAGCCAUCUCUGUGAAAUGUGAGAAAAUUUCAACUCUCUCCUGUGAGAACAGAAUUAUUUCCUUUAAGGAAAUGAAUCCUCCUGAUAACAUCAAGGAUACGAAAAGUGACAUCAUAUUCUUUCAGAGAAGUGUCCCAGGACAUGAUAAUAAGAUGCAAUUUGAAUCUUCAUCAUACGAAGGAUACUUUCUAGCUUGUGAAAAAGAGAGAGACCUUUAUAAACUCAUUUUGAAAAAAAAGGAUGAAUUGGGGGAUAGAUCUAUAAUGUUCACUGUUCAAAACGAAGACUAGCUAUUAAAAUUUCAUGCUGGGCACGGUGGCUCACGCCUGUAAUCCCAGCCUCAAAGGUCAGGAGUUCAAGACCAGCCUGACCAACAUGGUGAAACUUCGUCUCUACUAAAAAUACAAAAAAUUAGCUGGGUGUGGUAACCCAUGCCCACAAUCCCAGCUACUCGAGAGGCUAAGGCAGGAGAAUCACUUGAACCCGGGAGGCAGAGGUUGUGGUGAGCCACGAAUGCGCCAUUGCACUCCAGCCUGGGCAACAAGAGCAAAACUCCAUCUAAAUAUAUACAUACAUACAUACAUACAUACAUUCAUACAUACAUACAAAUUUCGUAAUGUAAACUGUCUGAAUUUUUAUGUUUAGAAAGAUUAUGAGAUUAGUCUAUAAUUGUAAUGGUGAAAUAAAAUAAAUACUGGUCUUGAAAAACAUCAUUAAGAAAUGAAUGAACUUUCACAAAAGCUAACAGACUUUCCCUUAUUUAAGUCAAUAAAAUAUUUGCAUGUUUAAAAACUU